AUGCCACGCAAGCUGAGGGCAGCUGCCCAAGCGGCAGCGGAGUCAAUUAAAAAUGUACCUGUACUUCCUGAGGCCUCCGACGACGAAAUGGUAGAUGUUCCUUCAUCCCAAGCAUCUUCCCCCGUAGCCGAGCCCGAGGAACCUACCGCGGAAUCCCCCGAACAGGAUCACGAUGUCGAACCUGAGGCUGAAUCCAAUGUUGAAGGCGAAACCGCGACCGAGGCUGAAGGUGAAGCCGAAGCUCCAGUCGAACCUUCAGCCGAACCUCAAGUUGAAGGAGAAGGUGUAGACACUGAGAAUCAGACCCCCGCCGAACCUCAGGCAGAGGAUGAGACCAGCGUCGCAACCCCCGGAUCCAAUGUACCCCAACUUCAGGUUGGCGAUGACCCCAAGUACGGACCUGGCCGCCCAUCCGUUGUCCCCAAGAAGCGUCGCAUCGGACGUCCACCAAAGAACCCCCGCCCUGAAGAUACUCUGGACGCCGACGGCCACAUCCGCGUCACUACUCCAGUGAGAAGACGCCGAGGUCGCCCUGCUGCCAGCGGAGGACGCUGGGCUCGCAAUCGCGGUCCUUCACAUCUCACCCAAGUUCCCGUCGACAAAGAAGGAAACAUGAUGGAUGUCAUCAACGACGAAGUCUCGAUCCCUCCUGAUCCCAUUGGUGCGACCAAGGUCGACCAGGACGGUCACCUUCAGGGAGGCCGUGAGUAUCGCGUGCGUACUUUUUCGAUUCUUGGCCGUGGCAACCGCCUCUACAUGUUGUCGACCGAACCCGCUCGUUGCAUUGGUUUCCGUGACUCCUACCUCUUCUUCCAGAAGCACAAGAUGCUCUACAAGAUCAUCAUUGAUGACGAUGCGAAGCGUGACCUGAUUGAACGCGAUUUAAUCCCUCACUCCUACAAGGGUCGUGCAAUCGGUGUUGUCACUGCUCGCUCUGUGUUCCGUGAGUUCGGCGCCAAGAUCAUCGUUGGAGGAAAGAAGAUCAUCGACGACUACGACGAGCAAGCUGCCCGUGAGCGUGGAGAUGUUGAAGGGGAGCUGGCUGUCCCGGAAGACAGACUUCCCGCCCCAGGUGAGGAGUACAACCGCAACCAGUAUGUUGCCUGGCACGGUGCCAGCAGUGUUUACCACACAAAUGCCCCUACUGUGCCUCUCGCCGGCGGUAAGCCCGUUGAUACAAAGAAGCGCCGUGUCCCCGUGACUGAUGAUAACUGGAUGUUGGAGCAUGCCCGUGCUGCAAGCAACUACAACCACAAACUUGCCGACAUGCGCCGCGCCAACCUCAAGGGUGUCUACGAAGUGCACACAAAUACAAUGCAAUACCCCAAGAUCAUGCAGCCAACUCACGUACGCUGGGAAGCCGUGCCUUUGGAAUCAGACGCUCAAGCCGGGCUAGCAAGCAACAUGUCCUCGCUUAACAUCGCCAACGCAAACAGUCCCGAAGACACAAACGAACUUACCAUCGAAAACUCCAACGACCAACAACCCACAGACCCCAAAAAAACAAACCCCGCAACAAUGUUCCCCCCGGUCCCCCGCUCCGUCACAGACCGCUACGUUGUCCAAGAUAUCGUCUACGAAUCGCCCCAGUAUUCCAACAUGGGAAUUCCUGGCCCGGACGGCGAUCUACAAGAUAUCGGCUACAACGGUAUGAUCAGCAUUGCCAACCCCGCCAACCCGGAAUUUAUGACCCCUGAGAUCAUCGCCCUUCUCCCGUCAGAGUGCAAGGAGGCUCUUCUCGACGCUGCUACUGCAGAGGUUGAGUGGAAGUCUAAGUGGGGCACAGAGUCUGAGAAUGGUCAGCGUGCUAAGCCUACGAAGAGCUAUGCCUGGUUCCCUUGA